AUGGGUCCUAUUCACCACUGCUGGCUGAAGGUCACUAACAAGCUAGAAUGCCAUCAGGCUGCUGCCAGGGAACAUGAAAGAUCAGGUGGACUGUUAUUCAAAGUGGAUCCCAAAGGAGAAGUCACAGCAAAGAAGUUGCCACCAAGCAGCCCAAGAGGCCCGGCAGCCAACCUGGAGGAGAGACCUGGAGAAAGCUGGAAACAUGCUGCCCUUAUGCACUGUGAAGCCGCAGAUUCAGCUCCUGGGAAGCCUGCCAUCAGCACACUUGAGGGAGAUGGGGGUCCCCAAAUCUGCCGUGUAUGCGGGGACAAGGCUACUGGCUACCACUUCAAUGUCAUGACAUGUGAAGGAUGCAAGGGCUUUUUCAGGAGAGCCAUGAAACGCAACACCCGGCUGAGGUGCCCCUUUCGGAAGGGCGCCUGCGAGAUCACCCAGAAGACCCGGAGACAAUGCCAGGCCUGCCGCCUCCGCAAGUGCCUGGAGAGCGGCAUGAAGAAGGAGAUGAUCAUGUCGGACGCGGCUGUGGAGCAGAGGCGGGCCUUGAUCAGGAGGAAGAAGAGAGAACGGAUGGGCACUCAGCCCCUGGAAGCCAAGAGUCUGACUGAGGAACAGCAGACAAUGAUCAGAGAGCUGAUGGAUGCUCAGACGAAAACCUUUGACACCACCUUCUCCCACUUCAAGGAUUUCCGGCUGCCAGAAGUGCUCAGCAGCGGUCCUGGGAUUCCGGAAUCUCUGCAGACUCCAUCGGGGGAGGACGCUGCCAAGUGGAGCCAGAUCAGGGAGGAUCUGUGCUCACUGAAGGUCUCUCUGCGGCUGCGGGGGAAAGAUGGCAGCGUCUGGAACUACAGACCCCAAGCUGACAGCAGUGGGAAAGAGAUCUUUUCCCUGCUGCCCCACAUGGCUGACAUGUCAACCUACAUGUUCAAGGGCAUCAUUAACUUUGCCAAAGUCAUCUCCCACUUCAGGGACCUGCCCAUCGAAGACCAGAUCUCCCUGCUGAAGGGGGCCACCUUUGAGCUGUGCCAACUGAGAUUCAACACAGUGUUCAACGCAGAGACUGGAACCUGGGAGUGUGGCCGGCUGUCCUACUGUUUGGAGGACACUGCAGGUGGCUUCCAGCAGCUUCUCCUGGAGCCCGUGCUGAAAUUCCACUACAUGCUGAAGAAGCUGCAGCUGCAUAAGGAGGAGUAUGUGCUGAUGCAGGCCAUCUCUCUUUUCUCCCCAGACCGCCCUGGUGUGGUACAACGCAGCGUGGUGGACCAGCUGCAGGAGAGAUUCGCCAUCGCCCUGAAGGCCUACAUCGAGUGCAAUCGGCCCCAGCCUGCCCACCGGUUCCUGUUCCUGAAGAUCAUGGCCAUGCUCACCGAGCUCCGCAGCAUCAACGCCCAGCACACCCAGCGUCUGCUUCGCAUCCAGGACAUACACCCCUUUGCUACCCCCCUCAUGCGGGAGUUGUUCAGCAUCACGGAUGGCUGAGCAGCUGCCCCUUGGACGAGCCUCCGUGGGGCAGCCAGAGCCCUCGGAGCUGCCAUUCCUGGGGCUAGAUAGAUGGAUACGGCUGAGAGCUGACAAUGCCUUACAGGUCCUGCCUCCCCGGGGAAUGCACAACCACCCCUCCGACAAUGCUGCCUGGCAUUCUUCAGGAAGGGGAUAAGGGUCUCCCCAGCAUGGAGAGUGAAGCCACAUAGACACUUUGAUGAAGAGUGCACUGGCCUAUAGGUUGGACCCGUCCAAAGGCGAGAUCACCCUCCCCUUAGAAAUGGCCCUGUGGUCUGGGGAUUUAGUGUCAUGGUGGGAGAGGGGAAGAGGUGACUGGGGCUGGACCAUCUGGGAGUCUAUGCUCGCACCCAAGUUCAUUAGCUUCUUGGAUGUUUCCACUGCUAUCUCUAAGGAUCCCUGUCUUUCCCACCUCACUCAUUCCCAACCUGCAGCCUCUUGUCCUGAGCUGUUCAGUGAGUCCCAGGCCUGUGUUCAUCAGCAGGUGUUGUGUCUGUGAGAGA